CGAAACAUCGAAAGGGUUGCUAUUUUGAGGUGGCUCGCACUAAAUAUGGUCAGAUAGGCGUUGGCGUUAUACCCGGGCAAGGCACCCCUGCUCAAGCACCAGUCAUGUAGUGGGGGAGAGCCACCAAAGUUACUUAGACAAGUUCACCUCUAUGAUUCGGACAGUUGGUUCGUUGUGACCAUCUCGUACCAUCCUCUCACAAACCAACUGUAGCCAUGGCGGAUAAAGAGAAGAAGAAGAAGACUAAAAAGAAGGAGGAACCAGCUCCUCCUCCACCAGAGCCAGAGCCAGCACCUCCACCAGCAGAGGAAAAACCACCAACUCCUACGAGCACCCCUAAAGAAUCUGGCUCAACUAGAGCAAGUAGUCGGGGUAGCCGUAAGGCAAAACGCGCUGGAUCCAGCGUGUUUUCUAUGUUUACACAGAAACAAGUUGCCGAGUUUAAAGAGGCAUUCCAGCUUAUGGAUCAAGAUAAGGAUGGUAUAAUUGGAAAGAACGAUCUCCGUGCCACUUUUGACAAUGUUGGUCGUCUGGUUACUGAUAAAGAACUUGACGAUAUGCUAGCUGAAGUCCCUGCCCCUAUCAAUUUUACGCAAUUACUCAAUUUGUUUGCAACUCGCAUGUCGGGAUCAGGUACCGACGAUGAUGAAACCGUACUUGCUGCCUUCAAUACCUUCGAUGUAAACGGUAAAAUUGAUGGUGAAAGAUUGAGGCACGCUCUAUUGACAUACGGUGACAAAUUCACUCCGAAGGAGGUCGAUGAUGCUUAUGAUAAUAUGUACAUUGACGACAAAGGAUUUAUCGAUACGCAAAGCCUUAUCGCAAUGUUAACCGGUACGGAAGAAGAGGAGGAAUAAUUUUAAGUGACUUUCAGCAUUAAAAAGUUCUGUUAAAAACUCUGUUCAUUGAAAAUAAGGUCUCGGAUUAGCGUUAGGUCCGCUUGAUCCAUUUCCAAGUGACAAAAUUUGAUUGAGAAGCGAAUAUUAUUUCCUUUUAACUGUUUAUCGUAUAGUACAGCUUAUCAGAGAAAACCCACAAAAAAAUGUAACUUGUAAGAUCGUGAGAAACAAACAGAUUAGGUUCUUGGAAGUGAGAACGGCGCAUCUGCUGAAAAACGAGGCUUUGACUCUCCAUAUUAUUGUUCAUAUAAUAAAAUUAUUUUAAAACUUUA